AUUUAUAGUAUACAAGAAUUUAUAUUCGUGUUUAUCUUUUUUCAUUUAUUUUAAUUAUUUUGUAAUAUAGAGUCAAGUCAGCAUCAUUCUUCUCACAUGUUCAAGUAAAAUAUUAUUACAGAAUUACAUAAAUUUUUAACUUUAAAUUCACUAUUCUACAAGUCAAAUUCUUACUUUUGCCUUAGAAUGAAACUUGCAGAAGAAUGAAUUUAACUUGCAAAACUUAUAUUUGCGUAGAUACAUGCAUAUCGUAUCAAAUCUCUUUCUUUCACCACCUUAUUUUCGACAAGUUGAAGAACAUUGGUAAACAACGGUGAUUAAUUUUAUCAACCAAUAUAACUUUAGCAUUUAAUUCUAAUGUUUUAAUUGUUUCCAACAAAUUCUUAUUUACUAGUUAAGUAAUUAUUAUAUUAAUCACUGUACGAUUUUGACAUUUCGUGACUAUUAUAAAAAUCUUAUUUUCAUUUACACUAUCUUGUUUUUUAUAGUACCUUAUCAAUUUCUCAACAACACCCUAUACAAGCCCUAUCAAAUUGUUUCUUCUUUUUUAAAUUAAAAAGUUAAAUUAAGAAAAAUAAAGAAUUUUAAGAAAAAUCGUCAAUUUCUUGAAGUUCGCCAUUUUUGAAUUUUAUUUUUAUUUUUUUAAAAACAAAAACCUUCAAUCAAUUCUGCGAUCGUGUAUGUUUUGUUCAUUUACAAACGUUCAAAUUUAAAAUAAAUAAUAAACAGUUUGCAUAUUAAACUUAUAGUUAAAUAAACCAUUAUUCUUAUUAAGGACAAAUGUAGGCCGCUGUAAACCAUUCUCUCUCUCCUCUCUUAUCGCAGAGCAAUGAAGUUUACAAUGUGAGUCGUUAGUAUACAUAGAACCUUUAAGAUAUUACAAUAAUUUCGGAAUGUUGAAUUCAGUUAUAUUUAUAAUUUUUUAAAACAGUUAUUAAAAUUCAAUGCGACACAAAGAUAAGUUACUUCUAUAUAAACAUCAAAGAUAUCAUACCAAAUAUAAAACGUUUACGCGUUGUAUCGAAGAAAAUAAUUUUAAAUUACAUUACGCAAAGUGUAUUGCUGUUAUUGGCAAAAAGAGAACAAAAAUUCGAACAAAGUAAUUUCUAAAAAUUAUCUGUUUACGUACGAAAAAUAUUAGACAGAAUGUACAAUUUGGAAACAUUGAACAAUGAGGAUUUAUUACAAGAAGAUGAUCAAAUAUAUAGUUAUCAAAAUCAAGUCGAAACAUUGAACAAUGAGGAUUUAUUACAAGAAGAUGAUCAAAUAUGUAGUUAUCAAAAUCAAGCUCUUACAUUGAUGCAAGUUUAUAAAUUAGAAGACAAGGAAGAAUUUUUGGAAUGGUUGCAUUGGUUUGAAUAUGUAGCAGAUAUUAUCAGUAUACCACCAGAUAAAAUGGUUGAAUUUUUUAACUGCAUGGUGGAUACUGAUGUCCACACAUACGUCAAGAAGAUUUAUCCUAUUCAUGAGUUCUGUAUAUUUUCGUACGAAGAUACAGUAAAACAUUACUCUAUUGAGUUAUAUAGAAGACGUUUUAUUUCUCGGAUACAAUAUGAAAAUGAGACACUACUAGAAUAUUCUUAUAAUCUACUAAAAAUAUUUAAUGAAUGCUAUUAUCCAAGUGAUUUCGAAGAAUGUUUAUGCGAACAAUUCAAUUAUGGACUCCAAGACGAUAAUAUAAGAAAUCAUUUAAGACAAAAACCUUGUUUAUCAUUCGAUGAAACGCUAGCACAGGCAAUUGAAUUUUGUAACAAUACUUUUCUAACCUAUUACAAAGACCUAGCUCUUUUAAGGAUUCAUUCUUACAAUCUAGGAAUGAAAGAUGAUUUUUGUGAUUGGUUAAAUAAAUUUGAAUAUGUAGCAGAUUCUAUUAGGGUACCAGAUAAAAUGAUGAUUGAAUUGUUCAAGAAUAUGAUAGAUGAUGAUACCCAUACGAAUGUCAAGAAGAUUGCCCCUGAUAUAGAUUCCUUAGAUCUAUCCUACAAAGAUAUAACAAGCUUUUACCUCUUUGUUCUUUUUGAAUCUGAUGAAACUGAUUCGUAUAAAAAACGUUUACAAUGCCGAAAUCAAUAUGAAGAAGAAACAAUAGAAAAAUAUGCCGAUAAAUUAGAAAAAAUAUAUAAUGAAUGCUAUAAUAAAGAACAAUUAAUAGACAGUUUAUGCAGACAAUUUCGUAAAGGAAUCCACAAUAAUAAAAUAAAACAAUUUUUAAGUAAAUAUCCUACAUUAUCAUUCUAUGAGACGGUAUCAAAGGCCGUUACAUUUCAAGAAGUUAAUGAAAGCAAUUAUAAUACUCAUUGUACUUUUGCAUUAAUUAAAAUGUUCAAAUCAGAGAAAGAAUUGGAUAUUUGUGAUUGGUUAAAUAAAUUCGAAUACAAAACCUUUAAUUUCGUAUGUAAAGACGAAAUGAUUAAAUUCUUCAAUGAAUCAGUGGAUAAUAAUGUUCAUAAUCGAGUCAAAGAGAAAUACUCUUCUGUCAACUUCUCUGAACUUUCUUACGUAAAAAUAAUAGACCAUUACCUUCGUUACUUUUCUCCUACAGAUGAAAUGUUUUUACACAGAAGACGUUUAUUUUGUCGAGAGCAAUAUGAAGAAGAAACGUUAAAGAAUUAUGCUUGUUCUUUACAGAAAAUACAUAGUAAUUGUAAUUAUACAUGUUACGCAGAUGAAAGAUUAUCCGACCAAUUUGUUAGUGGAAUUCGCGGUAGUGAUAUAAAAAAAUAUUUAGAAAUAAUUCCUUACUUAUCUUUCCAUGAAACGGUAGCAAAAGCCAUCGAAUUUGUAAAAGCUAAUGAAAUAAAAAAAUAUGUAAACCAAGCUCUUUUAUGGAUUGACAGAUUCCAUUCUGAGAAUUACCGUACAUUUUGUGAGUGGUUUAAUAAUUUUGAGUAUGUAGCAGAUAUGAUCAAGGUACCAAAAGAUAAAAUGAUUGCAUUCUUUAAUGAAAUGGUGGAUAAUGAUCUUCAUAAGCAGGUUAGAAACAACAAUAUUUCUGUAAACUUCUCUAAUCUUUCAUACAAGGAGAUAAUAAACUUAUACAUUGUUUUUAUUAAAAAAUGUAAUCAAACUCAUUUUCAUACGUAUCGUUUUUAUCAGCGAUAUCAAUAUGAAGAAGAAACGAUAGAAAAUUAUUUUAAUAACUUACGAAAAAUAUUUAAAAAAACCUUGCUUAAAAGCGAGCGAGCAUUUCGUCGUGAAUUUUUGAAAGGAAUUCGCAACUAUAAAAUAAGAGCCAUUUUAAAUGAACAUUAUAAUAAAAUGCCAUUAAAAGAUUUGUUAGCAAAAGCGAUUGAACUUGAAAAAUUGAUCAACGAAAACAAAGAAUUUUAGAAGUAGAAAUGAAAAGCUUAGAAAGAUCGUUUAAUACCAACCGCAAUAUAACAACUAGAAACAAUCUUGACUCAUGGAGUGAAAGAAGAUAUGAUAGUAUAGAUAGGAAUCAUGCGAAAGAAGCUAUUUUGAAAUCUUGGACGGAAAACCGUGAACCCUUUAACAAAAGGAUCACGGUUUUCCGUCCGUUUUUAGAUAAAUCAUAAAAUUCUAAUAUUAAUUAUUUACAGAUAAAUUCAUACAAUAAAUACCGGUAUAAAUCAGAGACAGAAAUCAGUACACAUGAAAGUUUAAUGAUGAAUAUCUUUUGAACGCUUAAUUUAAUCGCCAAAACAUAAGACACCAUUUUUUUACAUUUAGAUUUUUAGAAUUUAUCGUAUAAUUAUACUGUCAUUUUAUUGUUACGCUGUGUCACUUCGAGACAAAUGCAAUUUUCUAUCUGUGUAUAAUAAUUUUUAUUCAUUACGUUAUUUUGCAAAAAAAAAAGAAAAAAAUUGAACUAUGGCUUUCGUAGAAAAGUAGUCAAAGAUUAAAAGUGAUUAUGUCAAGUAAAUAAAUAUGGUUAGGUAUAUAUCAUAGAUUAUUAUCCAACGUUAC